AUGCAGAAACAGCUACAACCAGUGCCCCCUGCCGAAGAAGCCAGUUUGGCAUAUUUUCUAGAGGUUCGGAGCUUUCUUUCACGUCUCAAACAGAACAGAUCACAGUACCUGAACUCCAGAGAUGUCUUGCAGUCAUACCAGCAGGUGCUUACCAAGGUGUGUGAGCUGGACGCGAUCAGGAAGGCCGCACACCACAUUCCAGCCGAUAGUACGACAACGCUAAUACACAACGUGAAGCUUCACAACAGGGUGGAUUCAGUGCUAGACGAUGUGUUCCAGUUACUGUCCCUCAGCUUUUUAACUGUGGGACUCAAAAACUCGGCCCCUGCAACGUAUGCUUCCUUGAGUACAGUACAACGGCUUUUAGAGCAUUUGGACGAGUCUAACGUUUUCACCCAUCACGAUCUGCGCCCUAUCAAAGAGAGAUUGGACGAGAUUUCCCAGAUUGUGGCACGGAGUUCCUGCGUUCCUGAAAGCGACGAUACUGGGAUUGCCAUCGAUUUAACCAAGGUCGAAGAUGAAGAAGACCGUAACAAGAUUGAGCAAGAUCUUUUACUGCGUGCAAAAUUGAAACAUUGUUUGCAAGAAUAUGAACAUAUUGAAUCUAAAAUCGAAGAAAUAGAUAGUGGCCUGCAAUCAACGAUGGAGAAACUUUUCCAGCUCAGACGUGGCCUUUUGUCACUUGCAGCCUCCGCCAAAACUCAGCCAGGAACUGGUGAACCGAAGGCUGCAUGUUCAGCAGCUUUCCAGAAAUCUGAUCAGGAGAAGCUACAUGCUUUGAAGACCGAUUUAGAGGAAAUUGAGUCUCGCAGAGACCCAUCCGGUAAAUUUAUCUCGUCUGAGACUGGAGAAGUUGUAGAAAGAGGACAAAAUGUUCUGAAUGGGCUCUUGGAUGAUUGCAAUGACCUCGUACGCGAUCUUUUCCAUCACGCCGGCAAUGCAGUCAGUUUGGACUCGAAACUUCAACCCAUUUACGACAAUUUGAUAGACAUAAAGACAACACUGGAGAAUUUGUUGGUGACAAGGCGUUGGACUUUGAGAGAGACGGACUUGUUUGGCUAUCAGAAGAGACUGUCAGAGAUUGACAAGCUGAGAGUAGGUGGAAAGUUUCCAACGGAUUCGUCGGAAACGAAGGGGCAAUCUAUAUUACUGUAUUUGCUUCGUCGGUGCUACGCUAUCAUUUACAAGCUUCUUGAAUGCUCAGAACCUGUUUCGGAGGCUUUGCAAAAGAUGCACAACCAAUUAUCGACCGUACGUCGCUGUUUACUUGAAUUGAAGAGAAUGGGUGGUGUGGAGAACGACAGAGAGUUAUAUCCAUAUCAGAUGAAGCUUGCGUCGUUAGACAACCUUCGUGUGGAUGGCAAGUUUUACGAUUCAGAGGGCAAUAUCCCAGAAGGUCAAGGUACGCUCAAUGCGCUACUUGCAGAGUGUUUCGACAUUCUUCACGAGCUGAAGAUUGAGGCGGAAGAGCGCCAUCGUUCGGAUGGUGAAGCAGACGAUGUUGCUUCUCAAGAAACCACCGAUCAACCGGACACCACUGUGGAUCCUCCUAAAAGUACUGAUCACUCAUUGAGGGCAACCAGGACUGCCAGUCCCUUCGCUACUAGCCGCGACUAUAGGGGCAAGCCGCAUACCACUAAAUUCGUGGACACGGCUAGGCGGAGCCGUACUUACGAUGACAACCGUGGUGACAAUGACAAUGACGAUGAUGACGAUGAUGAUGACGACGAAGGGUACUCCGCCAAUUACAGCGAGCAUAGUUAUGAAGACGAUGAAGAUGAUUACGCAACCACGAGCCACGCUGAGGACUGA